GUGUCACCUGAGAGGCUGAAAGUGAAAGUGUUCAGUCCGUCAGACUCCAUGUUGAGAGCAGAACAGACAGAAGAAGACGGAGGAGGAACAGUAAAGUGUGAGGCAGACCUGAAGAUGAGUGUUUGUGUGGAUGAAGAGUUGGACCAAGCAGAACCUGCAGGAUCCAUCUGUCCGUCUAUGAAGAGUGACCGGUCCAAUGAUGAACCUCCAUUCUUCAGUUCUGAACCUGGACCAUCAGACACAAAAGAGAAGAAGCAGCCCACCUGCUGUGUUUGCUGUCAGGACGUCCUGAAGGAUCCGGUCUCUACCAGCUGUGGACACUGGUUCUGCAGACGCUGCAUCACCUCAUACUGGGACCAGUCUGCUUCACCAGGAGACUCCUCCUGUCCCCAGUGUGGAGUGAAUGUUGGUCUGCAGGAGGUUUUAGAUGAACAUAAGAUCAGUCUGAGGAGGAGAUGUGAACGUGUGACUGAAGGAAGUGAUGGAACAGGAAGUGAUGGAACAGGAAGUGGAACCCUCCUCAGCAGGAUCUACACUGAGCUCUACAUCACAGAGGGACAGAGUGAAGAGGUUAAUACCCAACAUGAGGUUUGGCAGCUUGAGACAGCUUCCAAGAAGAAGACCUUCAGUGAAACUCCAAUCAGGUGCUGCGACAUCUUUAAAGCCUCACCUGACCAACAGAGACGCAUCAGAGUGGUUCUGACCAACGGCGUCGCUGGAGUUGGAAAAACCUUCUCGGUGCAGAAGUUCACUCUGGACUGGGCAGAGGGCUCCGAAAACCAAGAUGUCAGUCUGCUGGUUCUGCUGUCGUUCAGGGAGCUGAACCUGAUCAGAGAUGAGCAGUACAGUCUUCUCAGGCUGCUCCAUGUUUUCCAUCCAACAUUACAGAAGGUGACAGCAGAGAAGCUCGCUGUCUGUAAACUUCUCUUCAUCUUUGACGGCCUGGAUGAAAGCAGACUUUCACUGGAUUUCAACAACCAUGAGGUCGUGUCUGAUGUCACACAGGAGUCAUCAGUCAGCGUGCUGCUGACAAACCUCAUCCAGGGGAAGCUGCUUCCCUCGGCUCUCGUCUGGAUCACUUCCCGACCUGCAGCGGCCAGUCGGAUCCCUCCUUCAUGUGUCGACAGGGUAACAGAAGUACGAGGCUUCACUGACGUCCAGAAGGAGGAGUACUUCAGGAGGAGGUGCAGUGAUGAAGAUCUGUCCAGCAGAAUCAUCUCACACAUCAAGACCUCCAGGAGCCUCCACAUCAUGUGUCUGAUCCCAGUCUUCUGCUGGAUCACUGCUACAGUUCUGGACCACAUGUUGACUACAGACCUGAGAGGAGAGCUGCCCAAGACCCUGACUGACAUGUACUCACACUUCCUGCUGGUUCAGACAAAGAGGAAGAAGCAGAAGUACGAUGAGGGACGAGAGACGAGUCCACAGGAGCUGACGGAGGCUGACAGGGAAGUUCUUCUGAAGCUGGGGAGGCUGGCGUUUGAACAUCUGGAGACAGGAAACAUCAUGUUCUACCAAGAAGACCUGGAGCGCUGUGGUCUUAAUGUCACAGAGGCCUCGGUGUACUCAGGAGUUUGUACAGAGAUCUUCAGAAGAGAGAGUGUGAUCUUCCAGAAAACAGUCUACUGCUUUGUUCAUCUGAGCGUUCAGGAGUUUCUGGCUGCAGUCUACAUGUUCCACUGUCACACCAACAGGAACACAGAGGUACUGAAGGACUUCCUGGGAGGUUGGAGGUAUAACAGUGACUCAUCCCUGGAUCAGUUCCUGAAAAGAGCCAUGACGAAAUCCCUGUGCAGUAAAAAUGGCCACCUGGACCUGUUUGUUCGCUUCCUUCAUGGCCUCUCUCUGGAGUCCAACCAGAGACUCUUAGCAGGCCUGCUGGUUCAAACAGACAACAGGCCAGAAAUCAUCCAGAGAGCCAUCAACAACCUGAAGGAGAUGAACAGUUAUGAGAUCUCUCCUGACAGAAGCAUCAACAUCUUCCACUGUCUGACGGAGAUGAAUGACCACUCAGUCCAUCAUGAAAUCCAAGAGUUCCUGAAGUCAGAGAACAGAUCAGAGAAGAAACUCUCUGAGAUCCACUGCUCAGCUCUGGCCUACAUGCUGCAGUUGUCAGAGGAGGUUCUGCAUGAGUUGAACCUGGAGAAGUACAACACAUCUCCAGAGGGACGACUGAGACUGAUUCCAGCUGUGAGGAACUGUAGAAAGGCUGUACUGACUGGCUGUGAACUCUCACAGACUCACUGUGAAGUCGUCGCCUCAGCUCUGAAGUCCAACCCCUCACAUCUGACACAUCUGGAUCUGAGUCACAACUACCUGAAUGAUUCAGGAGUGAAGCUGCUGUGUUCUGGACUGAAGAGUCCAAACUGUCGACUGGAGACUCUGAAAUUUUUUGGCUGCAAUUUGUCUGAGAUCAGCUGUGAUUCUCUGGCCUCAGCUCUGAAGUCCAACCCCUCCCAUCUGAGAGAGCUGGACCUGAGUUGGAACAACCUGCAGGAUUCAGGAGUGAAGCUGCUGUGUGAUUUUCUGCAGAGUCCAAACUGUCGACUAGAGACUCUGAGAUUGUGGAGCUGCAGUUUGUCAAAGAUCAGCUGCGAUUCUCUGGCACCAGCUCUGAAGUCCAACCCCUCCCAUCUGACAGAGCUGGACCUGAGUGGAAACAAGCUGCAGGAUUCAGGAGUGAAGCUGCUGUCUGAUCUGAAGGACAGUCCACACUGCAGACUGGAGACUCUGAGCUGGUAGUGAUGAAAGGUGGAGGUGUUGAGAGGAUCAGCUGUGUCCUGAUGAUCCAGACAGGUUGAAGCAGCACCAUCAGCUGGUGGGUGGAGAGGCUCUGACUGGGCCGUGUUACUGGGAGGUGGAGUGGAGAGGAGAGCUUCAUCCAGCAGUGACUGACGGACCAAUCACAACAAGUGGAACUGACUGUCAGUGCUGCAGUCUGAACUGCUCUGAGAUCAGCUCCACUGUCACCCAGUCCACUAUCCAGCUCCAUGUGUUGGGGCCACUAACUGCCCUCCCUACUGCCCCCUGGAUUUAACUACAACACAAACAAAUCCAUCCAGUCCAAACACACAUUUAGAACUAGAACAUGUUUAUACUUUAAAUAUAUUUGUAAUCAAUCAUUUUCCUACAUUAAGUUACAGCUCAGUAUCUGUGUGUCACUUGUGCAGCCUGACGUUGAACUUGAGGGGAACGUUUUAGACGUGACACCAGUUUGAUCAUCAUAUUUCCUGCAGCAUCAGUGAACUCCAGUUUAAGGUGCGACCCUGCUGGUUUACACAUCACGUGAUCAACACACACAUGAAGUCGACCUGUGGAGCUUUUUCCCUCUGAGCUCAGUGUUGAAGCCGUUCUUAUCACCAGCGUUCAUGUUCUGGAGCUGCUUUCUGCCAGCAGAUGUCACCGUUUCCAUUGUGUCGCCUCACUGAGGUUUAACUGAACCAUAAUGUGAAGGAUUUCUCUCUGACUGCAUUUGCUAUCAAAUUAAAUGGAAUCAUUAAUGAGUUCAACUUGAUUUAAAGAUGUAAUAUGUAACAUUUCUGCAUUAAAAUGUCUAAAAACGA